AUUCAUGAUGGCGAACCUUUGGUUUCAUUUUUCCUUCUUCAUGUUCUCACUGCUUUGCUAUCUCAUGGUCUGUCCAAUUUAUGCCACAAAAAUUUCACCAAAAAUGAUGAAUUGGCACUUCUUGCUCUCAAAAUUUCUGUGAGAGACCCAUUCAAUCACUUGGCUAAUUGGUCUAGCUCUUUCUCCAUUUGCAAUUGGGUUGGGGUUACUUGUGAUUCUAAAGGUGAGAGAGUAAGUGUAUUGAAUCUUGCUCAUAUGAGUCUCAUGGGCACCUUACCCUCACAAGUGGGGAAUUUGUCCUCCCUUGUUGAACUUGCCCUUCAUAGUAACAACUUUCAUGGUGAGUUACCGAAGGAGUUGUUGCAGUUACAUAAGUUGAGAAUUCUCAACCUUAGCUAUAAUGAAUUUGAUGGGAAAAUUCCUGCGGGACUGGAAGUUUAUUUGCUCUUCAAUGCCUGAGCUUUCGAGAUAAUAGUUUUCACGGUGUUAUUCCUCCAAGCAUAUCAAAUUUGUCAAAAUUCUCCUUGGAUUGGAGUCACAAUUUCAUCCAUGGAUCUAUUCCACUUGAGAUCGGAAGGCUUCAACAUUUAAAGAUUUUACGUAUAGCAGGGAACAAUCUUUCAAGAAAUAUACCUCCAACUAUUUCUGGCUUAUCCUCACUUGAGCUGAUGUCUUUGUCAUCAAACUCCUUAAAAGGAGAUAUUCCAAAUGAAAUUGCCAAUCUUUCAAAUCUUAAAAUUAUGUCUUUGGCUCAAAAUCAACUCAUUGGCUACAUACCUAGAAGCAUUGGAAGUUUGGUUUCGCUUCAGGAAUUAGAUCUUGGUUUCAAUAAUUUACAAGGUGAUAUACCAAAUGGUAUUGGAAAAUUGGAUAUGCUUCAAGUGCUAGGUCUUGAACAUAAUAAUUUACAAGGUGAUAUACCUGAAGGAAUUGGGAAAUUGGAUAUGCUUCAAGAGCUAUAUCUUGAUCAUAAUAAUUUACAAGGAAGCAUUCCCGAACAGAUUGGUAAUCUUAAAAGUCUAAAAAUUUUAUUUUUAGACACCCAUAUGUUUUCAAGCCAAAUACCAUCAACUAUCUUUAAUAUAUCUGGGUUGCAAGAGAUUGAUUUUAGUUGGAAUAAUUUGUCGGGAGGCAUUCCCUCAAAUAUAUGUCAUGGCCUUCCAAAUUUACAAGCUUUGGAUCUUCAAGCCAACAAAUUAUUUGGAGCUAUACCAUCUGAUUGGACACAAUGCAAGGAACUCAAAGAGUUACAAUUAGGAGACAACUUCUUCACAGGAAAUAUUCCUCAAACAAUUGGUGGCCUCACAAACUUGAAAAUUAUAUAUCUACGUGCUAACAAGUUGUCUGGCCAGAUACCAAGGAGUAUUGAAAAUUUGACAAAACUUCAAGAGCUAGACCUUAGUGGAAAUAACAUUGAAGGAAAUAUUCCUCAAACAAUUGGUGACCUAUCAAACUUGAAAAUUAUAUCUAUAGGUGCUAACAAGUUGUCCGGCCAAAUACCAAGGAAUACUGGAAAGUUGACAAAACUUCAAGAGCUAGACCUUAGUGGAAAUAACAUUGAAGGUCAUAUACCCAAAAGUAUUGGAAACUUGACCAUGCUUCAAGAUUUAAAUGUGAAUUCCAAUAGCUUGGAAGGUUUAAUACCUAUGGAAAUAGGAAAUCUCCAUAAGCUUGAGAUCUUAGAUUUGUGGAAUAACAAGUUGAGGGGAUCUAUUCCGUCCAACAUUUUUAACAUUUCAACUUUGAGAUACUUAAAUCUUGGAAGCAAUUCUAUAACUGGCAAUCUUCCAUCAAAUUUCAGGAAUCUCACUAGUUGCUAUGAACUAUCCUUGGAAGAAAAUAUUUUGACAGGAUCAAUUCCAAAAGUAAUUGGUGGCUUACAAGAUCUUCAAUAUUUGAGUCUUGAAGGAUGGCCAAGGAGGAUAUCUUAUUUUGAAAUUCUAGAAGCAACUAAUGGAUUUGAUGAGAGUAACUUUCUUGGAAAGGGGAGUUAUGGUGAUGUGUUCAAAGGAAAGCUUUUGAAUGGGAUGAUGGUUGCAAUUAAAGUAUUUAAUUUUGAUUUUGAAAAAAUGUCUAGGAGCUUUGAAGUGGAAUGCAACACAAUGCGUAAUGUGCGCCAUUAUAAUUUGGUGAAGAUCAUAAGUAGUUGUUCCAAUGUUGAUUUCAAGUGUUUGAUCAUGGAGUUCAUGCCUAAAGGGAGCCUUGAAAAAUGGUUAUAUUCUCAUAAUUAUUGUUUGGAUUUUCUACAAAGGCUGAAUGUAAUGAUAAAUGUAGCAUCUACUUUGGAGUAUCUCCAUCAUGACUUGUCAACACCGAUAGUUCAUUGUGAUUUAAAGCCAAGUAACAUUUUGUUAGAUGAUGAUAUGGUUGCUCAUGUGAGUGACUUUGGGAUUUCCAAACUUUUAGAUGAAGGACAAUCAAAAACACAUACAGAGAUGAUACCUACAAUUGGAUAUGUUUCACCUG